AUGUGAAACGUGAAACCCCUUCGUGGUUGCUCAAGUCUCAUUCAAUAGUCACCUAAGUCACUCUCAUUAUUAAUUCUCUCUUCAAACUGCAGCUCUUAUUUUUUGUCUUUAAUUUCAUUAUUAUAAGGGUUGGUACCAUACCAUCAAUUCAUUCAUACACAUCCACACUACACAAUUAAACAAACUUUGCUAUAAAAUUAAAUAAUCAAAUAUUUUCAUCUUUUGGGUUCAUAAUAAAUCAGGAGGAUCUAUUGCUUCUAUGUGAGUAACAAGAAGAUGGAAGAUUAUGAAGUCAUAGAGAAACUUGGAAGAGGAACUUUGGGUGCAACUUUUCUUGUUCUUCAUAAAGCUGAAACAAAGAGGUAUGUGCUGAAGAAGAUUCGCUUGGCCAAACAUUCAGAGAAGGCCAAAUUGACAGCCUACCAAGAGAUGGACCUGAUAGCAAAACUAAAUUACCCUUAUAUUGUGGAGUACAAAGAUGCUUGGGUGGAGAAGGAGGACUAUAUAUACAUUAUAAGCGGCUAUUGCGAAGGAGGUGACAUGGCCGAGAAUAUAAAGAAAUCUCGAGGAUUGUUUUUUCCAGAGGAGAAAGUGUGCAAAUGGAUGACUCAGUUGUUGCUAGCUGUGGAUUACCUGCACUCUAACCGCGUCCUCCACAGAGAUCUUAAGUGUUCCAACAUAUUCCUCACCAAAGAAAAUAACAUUCGUCUAGGUGACUUUGGUCUUGCAAAACUACUUAACACAGACGAUCUUUCUUCUUCGGUUGUCGGAACUCUAAAUUACAUGUGUCCUGAGAUCUUUGCUGAUAUGCCUUAUGGUUAUAAAUCUGACAUAUGGUCGCUGGGUUGCUGCAUGUUUGAAAUCGUUGCACAUCAACCAGCAUUUCGCGCUCCAGACAGGGCUGGACUUAUCAAUAAAAUAAACAGAUCCACCAUUUCUCCACUGCCAAUUGUUUACUCUUCGACACUGAAACAACUUAUCAAGAGCAUGCUAAGGAAAAACCCUGAACACAGACCAACAGCGGCUGAAUUGUUGAGACAUCCUCAUUUACAACCUUUUGUUCUCCGCUCUCGUAAUGCAUCGUCCGUUUUUCUUCCGGUACAUCUCAUAAGUUGUGACUCACCAAAAAAAUCUUACAGAUCUUGUGGUGGUGGCAACGACAAUAGAAACAAAGAUGAAGGAUUAGUAAACCAUUUUGAGCGGCGUGUUUAUCCAAUUGAGGGAAAUGGAGAUGUACAGACAAGAAACCGACCACAUGAUCGCAAGUUAGCACUGUCAACCAGCACAGAAGACAACCUCGAGACUAAAAUGGUUGAUCCUACCAGCUACACGUUGGAAUUUUCUACUAGUAUUAGUGGCUCAAAAGAUGAGUCGACAACAUCUGAAUCAACUGUAUGCAGUGUGUGCAAGGAAGCAGAUUUCAAAAGUAGAGGUGUAAGAGACACGGCUGACGGUGAGAUCACUUCAAAGAGAACACUAGUAGAUUCUGUGCAAGAAAAACAAGUAUUUGCUGUGAAACAUUUUCAGAAGUUGUAUUCAGUUGAUAUAAAUGCAGUGAGUUCCAAAGAUGAAGUUUUUGAUAAUGCUGAAGCACAUAAGGAUAAAGAUGGAAAACCUGAGGACUCCGGUAAAACAAUAACGUCGAGUGAAGACAACAGUGGCAAUGACAGAGAUGCGUCCACUGCAGAUGAGGUCACAUCAAUUUGUGCUCGAGAUUCUGUGCUUGUAGAACAAAGAAUUACUGUUGAACAUUUUCAGAAGGCUGAUUCAGUCGACAUAAAUGCAGUAACUACAGAAGAUAAAUAUCAAUUUUCCGAUAAAGCUGAAGCACAUAGAGAAAACGCCAAACAUGGGGACUUGAUUAAAUCGAUAAUGUCCAGUGAAGAUAGAACUGACAAUAGUAUUGAUGAGAUCACUUCAGAAAGUACACUAGAGUUUUUGCUUGUAGAACAAUUUAUUACCGAACACUUUCAGAAUCCUGAUGCCUUUGACAUAAAUGCAGUGACAACAGAAAUUGAAGGUACUUUUUCUGAAGGCGGUUUUGAUACUUUUUCCGAAGUUGGUUUUGAUACUUUUUCCGAACGUGAUUUUGAUAAGAUCGAAGCACACCAAGGAGAUGCCAAACCUGAGGAUUCAAGUAAAUCAAUCAUUUACAGCAAAGACUGCAGUGAAGACCAGUCCGUUGAUGAUAUCACUUCAAAGAGCACACCGGAUUUUCUACAUGACGUACCAGAAUUUGCUGCUGAGAAUUUUCAGAAGUCAAAUAUAAUCGAUAUAAAUGCAGCAACUACAAAAGUUGAUGAUACUCUUUCUAGUAAUAGUUUUGAAAAAGCUGAAGCACCGAGAGAAGGUGCCGAACCGGAGGACUCGUGUAAAUUAAUCAUUGACAGCACUGACAAAGAAGGGUCUUUUGAUGAGAUCACAUCAAAGAGCACACUGGAUUCUGAUCAAGAAGAACAGCGAUUCGCUGCUGAACACUUUCAGAAACCAGAUACAAUUGACAUAAAUGCAGAGACUACGAAAGUUGACGGUAUUUUUUCCAAUGAAGAUUUCGAUAAAGCUGAAGCACAGAAAGGAGAUGCCAACCUUGAGGACCCUAGUAACUCAAUAGUUUCUAGUGAAGACAGAAGUGACAAUGAGAAAGUUGGAUUCAUUGAUGAGGAAAUGGAAUUACCAAUUGUGCAUACUGUGAAGGUUGAGCAAGACCCUGAUUCCGUAAACUGCUUGAAGGAAAGUAAAAAUCCUGAAGCAUUCUCAGACGACUCACACAUGAACAUCGUGACGUCUGAGAGGAAUGAUACACACAUAAUCAGUUGUUUGACACAUAAAGAUGAUAAUAAUUCCAUUGUUGUUGAUAAGACGCACAAUGACAUUUCCUUAAGUACACAUAUUUUAGUAGGAGGCGACAAACCGAAGAGGGUGUUGAAUAAUUCCGGCCAACAAAGAGCUGAUGCUUUGGAGUCUCUACUUGAGUUAUGUGCUCAUUUACUUAAGCAAGGAAAGCUUGAAGAGCUUGCGGCUGUGUUAAGACCGUUUGGGGAAGACACUGUUUCGUCCAGAGAAACUGCUAUAUGGCUGACAAAAAGCCUAAUGUCGUCGCAAAAAUUUAAUCCAGAAACCCCUAAUUUGUGAGAACUUUUACUCAUGAAUCAUUGAUUAUUAUUGAAAGAAAAAUGUGUAUCUCCAAAAGUUACAUGAGUUUGUUUUUUUAAGACUCUUGCUUGAUUGAAGAUUGGAGGCUGGGAAGUAACAACCUACAAAUGUUUUCAUGGUGAUUGUUUUAUUGUAAAUGGCUUGAAUUAUAUUUUUGAGAAAGGUUGAUCUGUUCAUUGGUGUUUUUUUGUGUAAGUUAUAAGGCCGUUUGAUUGUAUGAAAUUUAAUAUUAUCAUAUCCCCUCCUCAGACAUAGAAUUAGAAAAAUCCUGUCCUUCUAGUUUUAUUUAUUUGGUGGAUUUAUUUAGAAGAUAACUUGAUUGAUUUGACAAUGCAAAAGAAUUUUACAUUGAUGUGUA